UUAUCGUCAUCCUCCCGCUGGGAUUGGAAAGCUUUUGGUUGGUUAACGACUUGAAAAAUAAAAAGCAGAGAAGAAAACCAACAGUUUCCAUUCACUGGCUUCUCACUUUUGUUUACAUAUCAAAGCUCAACUCAGCAACAGUUGUCCAGAUUGUUGUAUUUGGCCUGUUGGAGAAAGCUGGAGGCUCUAAUUUCUCGAGGGAAUCAAAAUACAUGGCUUCACCAUCUGAAUUGGCUACUGAGAGAAGCCAUAGCAAGCCACUUGGGAUUCGAUGCUGGGAAUACAUUAAGAGAGCAAAGCUUUCCUAUAAAACUCAUCAAGCAGUUGUCUUGAUUAUAACAUUUUUCGCUUAUACUACCUAUCAUGCAACAAGGAAAACCACCAGCAUUGUCAAGAGUGCCCUUGAUCCCCAGUCAUCUGCUGCAGGCUUCAAGUUCUCAUGGAGGAUAACAUACCUUAGCUCACCUGCUGAAACCCAAAGACGCUCAUGGGUUCUAGGAGAUGGUUGGGCGCCGUUUAAUGGAUCCGAUGGGACAGCCUUGCUUGGUCAACUCGACGUGGCCUUUCUUGCAGUUUAUGCUAUUGGGAUGUACUUCUCCGGACACUUGGGUGAUAGAAUGAAUUUAAGGAUCUUUCUAACGGUGGGAAUGAUUGGAACUGGUUUGUUUACUUCACUGUUUGGUGUUGGGUACUGGGCUAACAUCCAUAGCUUUUACUACUUCCUCAUAGUACAAAUGAUUGCUGGUCUAUUCCAGUCAUCAGGAUGGCCUUCGGUUGUUGCAGUAGUUGGUAACUGGUUCGGGAAGAAAAAAAGAGGGCUAAUUAUGGGCAUAUGGAAUGCCCACACGUCUAUUGGGAACAUUACUGGUUCUUUGAUUGCUUCAACACUAUUGAGCUAUGGAUGGGGUUGGUCCUUUGUUGUGCCUGGUUUGCUUAUUGCUUUCAUGGGCAUCCUGGUUUGUCUUCUUCUUCCUGUUAGUCCUGAAUCAGUUGGAGCUGAUAGACAAGAAGAAGAAGAAGAUGAUGCAGUAGAUUCCCCUAAGAAGAAUAAAGAGGGAGUAACAGAGCCUCUAUUGGGCUUACAUACUGAGAUGAAGGAAAAUGCAGUGGGGUUCAUAGAAGCAUGGCGAAUCCCAGGGGUUGCUCAUUUUGCUUUUUGCCUCUUCUUUGCCAAAUUGGUUGCUUACACAUUUCUCUAUUGGCUUCCAUACUACAUUAGCCAUACAGCUAUUGAGGGAAAAUAUUUAUCCGAUGAGACAGCAGGGAACUUGUCGACAUUUUUCGAUGUCGGAGGGGUGCUUGGAGGAAUCUUAGCAGGACACAUUUCGGAUCGGCUAGAUGCCAGAGCCAUAACAGCAGCAACUUUUAUGUAUUGUGCUAUCCCUGCCCUCUAUUUCUAUCGUAGUUACGGACACAUUUCCUUGGCAAUGAACAUAGCUCUCAUGUUCAUCUGUGGCAUGUUUGUAAAUGGCCCCUAUGCUCUUAUAACAACUGCCGUCUCAGCCGAUUUGGGAACACAUAGUUCAUUAAAUGGGAACUCAAAGGCAUUGGCAACUGUGACAGCAAUCAUAGACGGAACCGGUUCUGUUGGUGCUGCAAUUGGACCAUUAUUAACCGGUUACAUCUCUGCCAACAGCUGGAGCGCGGUUUUUACGAUGCUCAUGGCAGCAGCUCUAGUUGCAGGGCUGCUACUGACAAGGCUUGUAGUAGCCGAGGUAGCUGCUAGGAUUUCCGAAACAAGAUCACAAGGAAGAUCGCAAUCAAGAUCUCAAGAACCAGAACUAAAUGUAUGAUUUACUUGCAGGGGAAGCAACAGAAACUGCAGUUGUAUAAAGCUUGUAUGAUUUUCAUAGUGUUUCUUCACCUCGGAUUAUAAGAUGAAGAGGAAGAUACCUUUAAAUCAUAGCUUGGGCUAGAAGAUUUUUGUAGCCUUCUUCAUGAUGCUAAUUACCAUGGAGUGACCACCACUGUAUUUAUAUAUGUACAUAUAUUUUAUAAUCAUACAUAGUUUAUUGCUA